AUAGACAGCCGCUCUUAGCCAAUGGCGUGGCGGCAUUGCUAGCCGGCGAGCCAAUGGCGCAGCGGACCGGCGAGCGGGAGGAGGCGGGGCGAGGCUCAGUCAGGACAGGGAGGGGGAGCCGUGGAAUGGCGGACGGCCGGGCUGGCCCGCCCUGGUGGUAGCGAGCCCAGGGGCCCGGAGAGGACAGCACCGGAGCGAGGGGAGAAAUAAGUUGCUGGAGAAUGUCCUCGGGGUUGUGCCUCGCUAGCAGUUAGGCUUGUGUUGGGGUUACUCCUUUGGGAUACGAAUAGCAGGUGUCCUUUGGAGGAAGAACAGUGCCUGAAGCAGGUCCACCAUGCCGUUAGUAACGAGGAACAUUGAGCCAAGGCACCUGUGCCGUCAGACGUUGCCUAGCGUUCGAAGCGAGCUGGAAUGCAUGACCAACAUCACCCUGGCAAAUGUCAUUCGACAGCUGGGCAGCCUGAGUAAAUUUGCAGAAGACAUAUUUGGAGAGCUGUUUACUCAAGCCAACGCUUUUGCCUCUCGGGUGAGCGUUCUAGUCGAGAGAGUUGACCGCUUGCAAGUCAAAGUCACUCAGCUGGAUCCCAAAGAGGAAGAAGUCUCUCUGCAAGGCAUUAACACCAGGAAGGCCUUCAAAAGCUCCACUACUCAGGACCAGAAGCUCUUCGACAGAGAUUCUCUCCCAGUUCCUGUCCUUGAAACCUAUGGGACCUGCAAUACUCCUCCACCUCUCAACAUUCUCUCCCCGUACAGGGACGAUGGCAAAGAGGCACUUAAAUUCUACACAAAUCCUUCGUAUUUCUUUGACCUUUGGAAAGAGAAAAUGCUUCAGGACACCAAGGAUAUUAUGAAAGAAAAGCGGAAACAUAGGAAAGAGAAAAAGGAGAAUCCUAACCGAGGAAAUGUGAAUCCACGGAAAAUUAAAACCCGGAAAGAAGAGUGGGAGAAGCUGAAAAUGGGACAAGAAUUUGUUGAGAUAAAGGACAAACACGGUCCUGCUGGGUACCCCUCUAACAUGGUGUAUCAGAACGGCAGCAUCGGUUCAAACGAAAGCAUGGACGUGAACUGCUACCCGCCACCGCCGCAGACUGACUCUAUUGUGCCACCACCUCCUUCGUUCCCAGAUGACAGCCUGCCUCCACCCCCGGUGGAAUUUAGCUAUCCUGUAGACAACCAAAGAGGUUCUGGUUCUGGAGGGACCAAAAGAUCCAGCCUGGUCAGCCCGAGUCACCCGCCACCAGCUCCUCCGAUCGGAUCCCCCUCCGGGACCAGGCCGGGCUUUGCUCCCCCUCCGGCGCCGCCUCCGCCACCACCGCCGAUGGGGAGCAUGCCCCCGCCACCUCCUCCCAUGGGUUUCCCGUCCCCGGGGACCCCACCACCCCCUUCGCCCCCUUCCUUCCCUCCUCACCCCGAGUUUGCUGCCCCGCCACCACCGCCGCCCCCUCCAGCGGUCGAAUAUGCCAGCGUGCUCCCACCUCCGCUGCCUCAGCCGGGCAGCGGGAGCGCGCCGCCUCCCCCUCCACCACCGCCGCCCCCCGGCCCCCCGCCGCUGUCUUCCAGUGGUCUGGAUGCCCCCCCGGCGCCACCGCCACCCUCGGACACCUCCGCCUCCAAGCCCAAGUCAUCCUUGCCUGCGGUUAGCGAUGCCAGGAGCGAUCUGCUCUCAGCUAUCCGUCAAGGCUUCCAGCUCCGCAAGGUGGAAGAGCAGCGGGAACAGGAGAAGCGGGACGUUGUGGGCAAUGACGUGGCCACAAUCCUGUCACGCCGCAUCGCCGUGGAGUACAGCGACUCUGAGGAUGACUCUUCGGAGUUUGAUGAGGACGAAUGGUCGGAUUAACCACGGUCCUAUCCCCUCUGUUCCCUUCCUUCCUGGGUUAACAACUUCCUAAAGAACCGGGUGGCCAAACCUGCCACCGUUUCCUUUUUCAUCCUGUAACCAAAGAUGUGCCAAGGGUUUUCAGACAACCACCAGCAUGUCUCCCCUCUCCCUCCCCCUCCAGCUUUGGCAGGACUCUGUGCUCUUUGGGAAGCCUUUCCGAAAGGUCUCCUCGUGGACAGUGAGGAUGGCGGCGCUGGGAUUUAGCUGGAGGGAGCGUAACGGUUGCUUAUUUAAGAGAGAGCUAAACCUCCAGAUUCUCGAUGCCACCAGGCAGAGCACAUAAAACCCCUCCAUCCUGAGGGAUUUUUAAAGUAAAGAUGGAUGAUCCUGUUGUGGCCACGCGGCCUUUCAGAUGAAGGACAUUUUCAGCUAGUUUUCUCAUUGCAACAGCAGACAGUUGAUCUAAUGGCUCUUCCUUUCCAGUGAAUACUGGUAGUGCUGCAAGAAAAUGGGCUUUAAAUGUCUGUUCUCUGCUGCAUCCCGCUGUCAAAUAAUCAGUUUUUGGCAAUAGUGCACAAUUCUUUCCCCUCUGACCCACCUCAGUAUUUCCAGAAUUCCCCCAACCCCCGUGGGUGCGCUUCCUGGCUCUAGGGCUGCGGAGCGCAUUGGGUGCAAUGUGAGGAGGGGCUUGCUGUUUUUUCAGAGCUGCCUUUACCUUCCUUAAAUCUCCUGGACUGCUUUGUCGAGCCUGCCGAAGGAGGCUUGCACAGAGGGAUGCAAAGCCCGGGCAGAACGGUUGCUUGGCUUCCUGCUCCGGGGGGAGCAGAGCCACUGCCCCGCUGAGCCGCGUCUGAGCGGUGGCAGCUCCGCGUUGCUGACCUCUCCAGUUCGUGCCGGGAGCGUGCUUAAGAAAAAAAGAAGUGCCUAGAGCAGGGAGGUGGGUGGGUGGGGGGAAGGUUCUCUGACCGCCAGGCACUUUGGCCUGUUCAGGGCAAUGCUGCAGCCAGCUUGAAGAGGUGCUUUUCUGGUGCAGUGACCAUACUUUUUACACAGGGACUUGAGUAGCAGAAAAUGCUGGUGUUACCCUUGCUUCCUCUUCCCUUCCACCUAAGGAAGGGAGUUUGUGUGCCUAAAAACAUCCCGUGUGUGAACUUGAGUUGCUCGUUGGUUACAUCAGACCUAACCUACGUAUUUUUCCCCGCGUUUUGUUAUUAUAGUUAAUUU